GUCUACUCAGUUGUACAUUGUAAACAUUCAUUCACACAGUGUAUAUAUAUUGUAAGCUGAUAGAGGGUGUGUACUUGAACUUAUAGACACCAUGGACCAUUCUGGAGUGAGCAGGAAAACGAGCGAUGCUGACCCUUCAACGAACACCGCCCUCUCUCGACAUGGAUUCUACGACAUUUAUCUCUGGGCAUCGUCUAAAAACACAGAUCAUUUUCGUAAAAUGAAAGAUUGUAUUCAUUCAAAUGGAUGGAAAAUGACAUCUUGUUUUGAUCAGAAACUUGGUGAACUAGAAACACAAAGCAUCGAAAAUGAUCUUUUAAAAUGCUCCCACAUGGUAUGUUUGAUCACGAAAGAUGACUGUAAAACAAACAACAUUAAACAGCUUAUGACGAUAGAGAUGGCGAUUCAGUCGCUUCCUAGUACGACAGGAAAAGGACUAGCAGGCCGGGUUAUUCCUAUUCGAUGUGACGUUCCAGAAUCUUCUCUUCCUUCUCAACUGAAAGCCUUGACAGGAGCGAGUAUUGAUGAUCGUGAUCUUGAAGAAAGACUACGGAAAAGUAUUAAUACCAACAUCCGGAGGGAGAGAGAAGAAAAAGUUAAGAAUGUCUCAGGUUGCUCAGUUUCUCAACCUGAAAGAGAUGAAACAGGAGAGCGACGCAAUGUCAAAAUGUCUUCUGGUCGCCCGAGCACUAUCAAAGACGACGAACAGAAACAGCGUGAGCUUGAUGAGAUGAGGAAGAAGCUGAAGGAGAAACGGGCCAUGUUAGAGGAAACAAAACAAAGACACAAGACAGUUGGAUCGAAACUAAAUGGCGCUUCAAAUUCAUCAAAUAAACAUUUCCAAACGAUCAAAGAUGAUAUACAAGAUACAUUGGAAAAUACAAGGCUAAAGUUAAAGGUUAGAGAACGGGAAACUGUUGAAUCAAUUAAUAAGAUACACAAGGAGGCAGAUGAGAAAAUAAUAGCCAUAAAUGAUAUGCGUAAAGAAAAUAUAGAAGCUUAUGAAGUCGAGAUAGAACUCGAACGAAAUAUAACCAAAGAUAAAGAAGCCAAACUGUCAUCACGCUUAUCAGACACAGAUGAAAUCAGCAAAAUAGUUUUCGAGAAGAUAAUGGAUCUUAAUAGUAAGAUUCAGAAUGCAAUAAAGGAUAUUGAAUCAACCAUCACACGUAUCAAACAACAUGAUGAAACAUUGGUGAAUGAAGCUCCUCAAGUACUUAAAUCUAUUGAUGAAAAUGUAAGUUUGAAUUUUCAUCAAGAUGUUAGCGACUGUCUUGAUCGAAUACAGAAUGAAGUUGAGAGAGUGAAGUUUGUAGAGGGGGAAGUAGGUGGAGAAUACUAUGGUAGAAUUGAUGGGUAUAUCGGUAAUUGGGAACUUGUCAAGUCAAUCCACAUUCCAUCGGUUGUUAAUUACCCGUGGGUGCGUGGUUUAGUCAGUGAUGAUGAGAUAUGUGUGCGAGACGUAGGUAACAGUGACAUGUAUAUUACAAACAUCAACACUCAACACACAGAGAAAGUCAUUGAUGAAGAUGUGUGGAUUACAUCAUGUGCGCCCAUAGACAGUAACGUAAUAGUAUGUGGUAAGGAGAGAGAUGAUUGCACGGGUGACAGGUUGGAUGGAUGCAUCACUCUCUAUGACAGACAAUGGAAGGUGAUUAGAGACAUCAGCAUACCAGGGAAUGGAGACGAUAGUCGUGUGUAUGUUGAUGUUGACGGGGAUGGGAUGAUCAUCGCUGCUCAGUUAGAUCAGUCUAAUAUCUACGUCAUCAAUCCUGCUGAUGAUAAGAUAGUAAACACUAUUACGAUGCAGGGUAAGGUGGAGUGGGGUGAGAUACAAGCCUUGUCAUCAGGUGAUAUCGUUGUGAGUACAGAUGAUAAUAAAUACACUGUCAUAUCACGAUCAGGAGAAGAGAAGGCUGUCAUACACUGUGAUGAGUGGAACUGGUGGACAGAGUGUCGCGUUGACAAACUGACAGACACACUCUACAUCGCGUACUGGGAUAGAGCGCGUAAUACCAUCGCAGUUGAUCAGGUGUCACGUGAUGGUAUCAUCCAGGCAAGGAAGAUCGUGGAAUACGUGAAAUCAGAUCGCUCUGACUGGGUCAGCCCUUGUCUUGUUACUCCUUCUGGUAACCUUGUAGGAUGUGAUGGGGACAAACUUCAUCUUUACAAGAAGACAUUCAUUUUGUAAAUCAUCAAGUAUUUCAAUGAAUGAUUAAAAAUUAAUAUAAACGAUAUACUUAUUUUCAAAUUUCACUUUCAUUUUAAUUCACGUCCCCCAACAUGAAUACAUUCAUAAUGCGCGUGUUGACGGUGUGAAUGUUGUAUCAAUAUACAGGUGCAACGUAUUGGAGUGUUGUAAUAAACUUGCCAUCGAUUGCAGGUCAAUUUUUGUUUUCAAAAUUAAUUGAAAGUCGUGCAUUUCAUUGAAAAUUUGCAAUUGAUUGUUGGUCAGCUUAUGUUAUAAACAAAUAUGAAAUGAUUUGCUUUGGUUAAAAUUGAUCUAUCAAUUGCUAAAUUUGCAUAUGAAAUUUGCAAUUGAUCGCAAAUAUUUUCUUGUGUCUUACACAACGCAGUGAUUAAUAUUUAGCCGUCUAGAUUUAUAUUUUUAUUGAAAUGUAUAAUUGUACUCGUAAUUACAUUAAAAAAAAAUAAAUAAAGAAAAAAUGGUUAACCAAUUGCCUACUUUAAUCCAGGUAGAAGGUCUAUGGGAAUGGCUGAACCCAGCACAUGACGAGUUCAUUACUAACUUGUGUUAGCUGAACCCGAUCAUUUACCAAACGCUAUUUCGUACAAUGUUAUUCCUUUUUAAUGCUAACAGUGAUCAUUUUACCCCGGGAUUAAAUUUGCUUUUAACUUCAUUGGGUCUUUAAAUCCAAUCUAUCCAUCAGGUUGAUUUCGUUUUAUAUUCUGUUGCAAAAAAGGUGAAGUAAUAUAAGAUUGUAUUAAAAGGAGAGGGGAAAAGUGCUGUGAAGUACAAGUAAGUGUUUGAACCGUGGUAUAGUGUUUCUGACUAUCACCUUGUAAACGGAGGGUCGUGUGAUCGAAUCCCAACGAGGCCUGGCGUCCUUUGGCAAGGUGUUAAUCCACACUUUGCCACUCUCGACCCAGGUGCUAUAUGGGUACCCGGUAGGAUGUGAAAGUCAUUGCAGCUUGUCCAGUACUGUGUGCGCCUCACCGGCAACUGACUGGAAUACUCCCCAGGGUGUGGAUGAUGUGCUCACAUUGUGUGCGGGAAUGACUGAUUGAAUGCGAUGACCGGGGUAGUAGUAUAUCUGUAAAUUGCUCAGACACACCUUUUCGAUGAAUUAAGCGUUAUAUAAAAGCGGAUUGUUAUCAUUAUUAUAAGUAUUAAAUGAAAUAUUCAGUUAUGAAUCAUAUUUCAGCUGGCGCUGAGCAUUCAGAUUAUCAGGGAAUCGAGGAUGCAUGAAUUUGUGAGCGGGAAUGACUGAUUAAAUCCGGUGACCUGGCGACAGUUUCAUGAAACUUGUCAGCAUUGACAAGUUGUCUUUUUCGACAAUUACCAUAGCAACAUUUAGAACAUGAGCCUCUGAGCCAAUCAAAACCAAGGAUCUCACUGAAAUUGUCAGUGCUUACAAAUUAAUCCGUGCUGAAAACUUUCAUGAAACAUCCACUGGGGUAAUGAUAUAUCUGCAAAGCGCUUUGACACGUCGUUCAGAUGUAUUAAGAGCUAUAUAAAAGCGGACUAUUAUUAUCAUCAUUAUAGUUUUUUAGUGUACAUAAUCCCUCUCAUGAAUGUUAACAGAAAAUAAGAGAAAAACUCAUUUUGUAAUAGAAUCCUUGCUCAGUCAACAUACAUAUCACAAUGGAUAUGAUGAAGAUAGACAGAAAUGAAUAUGUUUCCCCCAUAAUUCUCUUUACACCAAUUGAAUAUUCUCAUUCUGUAGAAACAGGUGACGUCCAUCUCAAAAUGACUCAGCACACUCCAUAUUUAAUAUAUUCAUAAAAGUAUUACAUCAUAUCGCUUAUUUCAAUCAGUUCAUUAACUUUCGUCUUUACACCUUCUACUUUAUCCUCAUAUAUCGGCUUUAUAUUUUCAACAAAGAUUAAUUUAGAUUUCUUGUACCACAUGUUUAAUCUAUUAUAUCAUAUUACACUUACUACCUGGCUAUGGAAUCUCAAGUAGCAAGCCUUUGGAUUGUUGAAAAAAAUUUUAGUUGUUUUUUUGUUAACGACUGUAAUGAUGUGUUGACGCCCGCUACGUUCAGUAACGUUUAUCGACAUCGUUAAUUGAUGUCAAAUUAAUUUCAUCAUAAAGAUCCCAUGGACAUAUAAACAUCUGGUAGUCGAACGUGCCAUGCUGUAAAUAAAUAAAAAUAGGGAUAUGCAUGUAUUUGUUGUGUAACAGACAGAGUUAGAUAAUAUGACAAAUAACUGUACAUAUCAUAGCUUAUGUUCGUGGUUUUAUAUUAAGGAGGCUGUAUUAUAUUAAAUUCAUUUAUAUUCUUUAUUUUAUUUUCAUUUAAUACUGCGUUAAGUUUGUUAACAGUUUGUACUGUAUAUGGCAUAUGUUGCUCCAAUGCGUUGUAUAUAAAUCGGUAUUGUCUAAGGUGUGUUGUGUUAAUGUAGAAAUGUGUCAUUUAUACAAAAGAUUCCUACCAAAUUUAUACAAUAAUCAACUUUGUACACUUGAGUUUAGGUAUAUAGGGUUUAUGUUUUAUCUAAAGUAUCAAUGCAAUAGCUUGUUAUUGUCUAUAUCAUUGCUUAUUUAAAAAAUCGCUCCCAAAGAGAGAGCGGGACAGAGUUCUAUAAAUGAAUUUCUCCUGAAAAUUAGCCAGAUCUUACGACUUUUAUUGAUUUUGAUUGGCUGAGAAGCGUUGUUACUAUGUUAACUAUCCGUCGAAACACCUGAAAAUCCCAGCUUUGAUUGAUUUGCUCAGUAUUAUUGCUCUUAUACACCUGAUUAUAAUUCGCUUUAUAAAACUAGGAAAACUAAUGCACAUAAUACGCAUCUAUAUCAUGAUAUAAUGUGAUGAUAUGUUAUUUUCAAGUUUAUAUUGAAAGAUGAGUAGGAAGUUCGUCAGUAGUUUUUAAUAAUAUAUAUUCAUUAUACUUUGUUGUGAAUUACUGGCACUGUUGAAUAGUUUAAAAGGUUAAUGUUUUGGGAUGUGUAGACUUUAAUCAAGACGAAAUUAUUUUUACCUACUUCCGAGAUGAAAAUAGUAAUGUAGAAAUAGAAAGAAAAUAUAUUUACUAUGGGUUACGGUAUUUAGUGCAGUAUAUAGUAUACAAAUUACUGAUCAAAACACCAAUUACCAACCGAUCUGAAUAUAUAUAUAUAUCUUCACUAUGGGUUAUGAUAAUUUAGUACAUUUCAAGAAAGGUUUACCAACCCACAACCAGUUAUAUGCACAUUAAUGAUAAAAACCCAACUAUCAAAAGAUCAUAAUAAAUGGUUAAUAUUUUAAAUUGAUCGAAAUCUGUAAAUAGUGUAUGUAUUUUGAAGUCAUCAUCAUGGUGAUGAGGCGGGUGAUUUUAAUGCACAAACAAUCAUGUAGUGUUACAAUCAAAUAAUUUUGUCAGCAUAAACGAAAUUAAAUGUU